UUACCACUACAAGUAGUUCCACCGUAACACAAUCAUAUGAUAAAAAAGGAGAAAAGAAACAUGAAGAAGAGCAUGAAAGUAUUAUUAGUGGAGUAACAUCAACCAUUGGGUCAGCAACAUCAACCAUUGGAUCAACAUUUAGUGGAUUCUUUGGAAAACAUGACACUAAAUCAGUUGAAACUACAAAGACCAUCAUCUCUAAACAAACCAAUGAAGGCUCAUUUUGUAUUUCCGACACACUUUCUGAAAUUCUUGACAUAUCCUCAGAUACAAAAUCUCAAUCAUUCACAUCUACCAUUCAAACAUACGCUGUCAGCGAACGCCUCAAGAAAACCACUACACAUUACACCUGGUGGACAACUGCAAUAACCAUCAUUACCACUACAAGUAGUUCCACUGUAACACAAUCACAUGAUAAAAAAGGUGAGAAGAAACAUGAAGAAGAACAUGAAAGUAUUACUAGUGGAGUAACAACAUUAAUUGGAUCAACAUUUAGUGGCUUCUUUGGAAAACAUGAUACUAAAUCAGAAGAAACCACAAAAACCAUCAUCUCCAAACAAACCAAUGAAGGCUCAUUUUGUAUUUCCGACACACUUUCUGAAAUUCUUGACAUUUCCUCAGAUACAAAAUCUCAAUCAUUCACAUCUACCAUUCAAACACAUGCUGUCAGCGAACGUCUCAAGAAAACCACUACACAUACCACCUGGUGGACAACUGCAAUAACCAUUAUUACCACUGAUACUAAAACCAUUGUCGUUGAACAUACUACCGCUGAGAAUAUUUUUAGUGGAGUGACCUCAACUAAAACUGUUUCUUAUAAACAAGAUGGGUACAUUAAUUCAGAAUUGAUUGUUGUCGGUGCAGCUUGUUAUGCAAAAUGUAAAUGUACAAAACAUUUUACACGAACCAAAGAAGCAUUUAGUAAAGAAAAGGCCAACGAAAUUAUUGCUCAAUAUGCAACUGAAGAAGUUGAAAGAUUACUUUCUUCUAAUCCUACUCGUGAUAAUAAGGAUGAUAUUAUCAAACGUGCUAAACAGGCGGCUAGCUUUAUUAUUGAUGAAUAUAUUGUUAAGACUGGUGGAAAAGAAUGUUAA